AUGGUGUCAGAAGUGGGAUGGGGCCCGGCGCAGCAACCUGCCUUCUCCGAAGUGAAGAAGCUACUGUACUCAGACCUCUGCGUGGCUCGCUACAACACCACGUACAAGACCACAAUCUUAGCUGACGCCGGCUCCUAUGGUAUCGGGGCAGUACUUAUCCAAGAACAGCCGUCCGGUGAGCGUCGAGCCGUCGCCUUCGCAUCGCGCUCCCUCACAUGCACAGAGCGCCGGUACAGCCAAACAGAAAAAGAAGCUUUGGCGGCCAGCUGGGCGGUGCAAAGAUUCGAGGAAUACGUCCGUGGACUUCAGUUCUUCCUCGAGACGGACCAUCAACCGCUAGUGGCGCUCUUGCGUUCCAUGGAUGCUGACCUACUGCCACCACGGAUCCAGCGGUUUCGCUUGAAGCUCAUGCGUUUCCAGUACCAAGUACUCUACGUACCGAAGAAGCUGUUGGCAACAGCCGAUACGCUUUUGCGCGCACCGCUGGAUUCCCCUUCAUCCAGCCGGGUGAAUCAAGUAGAGCUCUUUGCCCAAGAGGUCGUCCGCUUCUUCCCAGACAUCGUCUCGUCGCAGCUUGAGCACCUGCGCCAGGCCCAAGCCAACGACGGCGAGUGCAGUCUGCUGCUUCAGUACUGCGCCAACGGCUGGCCUCGGCAGUCCCACUUGCCUCUCCAUGCGAAGAGGCACUGGCAGUACCAAGGAGACCUCAGCGUCUGUGAGGGAUUGCUUCUGAAAGGGUCCCGCAUCUUCGUGCCGUCUGCCCUUCAGCGCCACAUGCUCGAGCUUCUCCAUGACGGGCAUCAACGCAUCGACCGAUGCAAAGCUUUAGCUCGGGAGUCGGUCUGGUGGCCGGGCAUCAACAACCAGAUAGAAACACUGGUGUCUAACUGCCACACGUGUGCCGAAACCAGGGUGCAGCGCUCGGAGCCCAUGCUGCCCUCAACCAUUCCAAGUCGGCCCUGGGAAGAGGUCUGCAUCGAUCUUUUUCAUCUCAAUGGCCAAGACUUUGUCCUUCUGGUGGAUUACCGGUCACGCUUCCCGGAAGUCAUCAGUCUACGUUCGACCACAGCACUUGUGGUCAUCAGCGCUAUCAAGAACGUUUUCGAACGCCAUAGGAUUCCGAGACUGGUGCGCAGCGACAACGGCCCUCGGUUUGCUGCGAAAGAGUUCUCCGCCUUCGUCAAGUCCUACGGCCUCUGCCAUGUCACCAGCAGCCCCCAUUUUCCACAGUCGAAUGGGGAGGUGGAACGGAUGGUGAGGACAGUCAAAGACCUGCUGCGGAAGGCGGAUGAUCCCUACCUGGCACUUUUGGCAUACCGGAACACACCCGGGGUAACUGGAGUGAGUCCUGCUCAGCUGCUCAUGAGUAGGCGCCUACAGACUCGGCUGCCGAAGACGUCGCACCUGCUGGAGCCAUCCUGGCCUCCUUCGGUCACAAUCACUCAACGUGACGAAGACAACCGGAGGCGCCAAGCGUCAGACUUUAACCGAAGACAUGCAGCUCACACCUUGCGGCCUCUUCAGGCCGGAGAGCGGGUCUGGGUGCAAGAUGUCAACUCCCCAGCAACCGUCUUAGGGCCAGCUCAACGCCCGCGCUCCUACGUGGUGAAGACUCCGACAGAUGUACUUUAG